AUGUUACAAGGACUGCUAACCAAACGAAAAUAUUUGCAGUGUGGAGAUGCCUUUACAUUAGAGAGCCACCCAGAUAUUCUUGACCUCGCUCGUCAAGUUGCUGAAAAAUGUCAUGGUUUACCGUUGGUGCUGAACAUCAUCGGUGAAAAUAUGGCGUCCAAGAGGACGGUGGAAGAAUGGGAACAAGCCGUCGACACGCUCGCUUCUUCUGCUGCAGAGUUUCCUGGUAUGGAGGACCAUAUUCUUCCAGUCUUGAAGUAUAGCUACGAUAGCCUCAAGGGAGAAGUUGGUAGAUUAUUGGAUAUGCGAAGGAUUCAUAGACGAAACUCAAGGUUUAAAGAAGGCUAA